UACCCCUGUUAGUUGUCUGCCACACGUAGCCGCAAUUGACAUUUAGGGUUUCUCCUGAGUUCCUUCUCCAUCAAAUCCUUCCUGCGCUCUGAUUUCAGAACCAAAUAAAUUAUUUCUAAUGAUUUUAUAGGUAACCUUUUCAAUUUCUUUCGACUUUCAUUUAUUGAUCAUCAUUUUCCUCCUGAAAAUUUUCUAAACAGUCCGAUAACGAAGAUUUCUCAAUCCAAUACCCAAAAUGUCCCGAGAAGAAAUAACAACGGAAGCAAUAAAACACGCUCUGAAAUCGCUUAGAAAGCGGCAUUUACUCGAAGAGGGCGCACAUGCCCCAGCUAUAAUCGCCCUUUCGCGCCCCCUGGUUUCUCAGGGAUCGGAGUGGAAAGAAAAAGCUGAAAGUCUUGAAGUGGAGCUCCAGCAGUGUUACAAAGCUCAAGCUCGACUAUCAGAGCAGCUUGUCGUGGAAGUGGCGGAUUCCAGAGUUUCUAAAGCUUUAGUUCAAGAGAAAGAAGCCCUGAUCUCUGACUUGCAAAAUGAGCUUAGUCUAGCAAGGGAUGAACGCUCUCGUUUGACUGCAUGUUUAGAAGAAAAGAGUAAAGCUUUAGAAUUGUUAAUGAAUGAGCAUCAGAGUCUGAAAGAACAACUUGAAGCAACCACUCUUAGAGCUAGUAAUGCUGAGGCGGAAAAUAAAAUGCUUAUUGACCGUUGGAUGUUGCAGAAAAUGAAAGAUGCUGAACGCCUAAACGAUGCUAAUUCUGUUUAUGGAGACAUACUAGAUCAACUAAAGGUCAGCAGUAUAGAACAACUUGCCCGUCAACAAGUGGAUGGUGUAGUGCGCCAAAGUGAAGAAGGUGCUGAGUGCUAUAUAGAAUCACCCAUUCCGACUACAUGUAGGCAAAGAAUCCCGGCCCAUAACGGUGGCUGCGCCUCUAUACUGUUUGAGUAUAAUUCAAGCAAGUUGAUGAGUGGGGGGCAGGACCAGACUAUUAAAAUUUGGGAUACAAACACGGGGUCACAGAGUCAAACUCUUCAUGGUUGUCUGGGCACUGUUCUUGAUCUCUGCAUCACCCAUGAUAACAGAUCCGUCAUUGCAGCAAGUAGUGCAAAUAACUUGUACGUAUGGGAUGUAAGUUCAGGCCGGGUACGGCACACUCUCACGGGCCAUGUAGACAAAGUAUGUGCCGUAGAUGUGAGCAAAGUGUCUACCCGCAGUGUUGUGAGUGCAGCAUAUGAUCGAACUAUAAAAGUUUGGGAUCUGCAUAAAGGUUACUGUGUCAACACACUACUUUUUCAAAGUAAUUGCAAUACGCUUUGUUUCAGUAUGGAUGGAGAGACCAUCUGUUCGGGCCAUGUGGAUGGAAAUCUCCGACUGUGGGAUAUUAAGACGGGAAAACUUCUAAGUGAAGUUGCAGCACAUUCACUAGCUAUAACGUCUCUGUCUUUAUCUAGAAAUGGAAACAUGAUUUUGACCAGUGGUAGAGACAACUUGCAUAACUUGUUCGAUAUACGUACUCUCGAAAUUUGCGCCACAUUGCGCUCAAAUGGUUAUAGAGUAGCGUCGAACUGGAGCAGAUCGUGCAUCAGUGCUGAUGAUGGUUAUGUUGCUUCUGGAUCUGUCGAUGGAUCAGUACAUAUUUGGUCAGUAGCAAAUGCAAAAAUAGUAAGUACUCUAAAAGAACACACAGCUCCUGUUCUAUCUUGCUCCUGGAGUGGUCUCGGGAAACCUUUAGCUACAUCGGACAAGAAUGGUAAUAUUUGCAUUUGGAACGACAGGUCUCCUUUUUAGCUAACAUGCAUUUAUUUGUUUAAAGUCGCCCCUUGUCUAGGAAUUAUGAAUGGCAGUUGGUUGAAAUCUUUGAGGAAUUCUAUCAUCGCCAGUAUACCUGAAUGAAGAAGUAAUUCCAUUCUCCAAUGUUGUGCAUACGAAGAAUGACGUUGUCGAGCAAGGUAGAUCUGCUGUCCUUGCGUAGAUUAAUGUCGCUAGAGAUUAUCGAUCGUGGAACGUGAUUAUUACUUCUUCGUUUUUGAGGGGCACACUUUGGUUGUAUAUACUCUUUAUACCUGCCAUGUGAGUUCUUUUUCAGGUUCACCUCCCACAGUCUUGUACAUGUGUUUAUUAUGAGGACAGCUUUGAACCACUUUAAUGCACAUACUUGUAAUCUCAGUUAAAAUAUUAUUAUUA